AUGUACGAGUGCGAGACCUGCACGGCCACCUUCUGGUACCAAGAUGAGUGCGAGGAACACAUGUACGACUAUGGCCACUGGCCCGAAUGCGAGACCUGCACCAGUACCUUCCGUACCUGGCGUGCUUGCAAUCAGCACAUGAACGACAGAGAUCACUGGGCGCCACGCUUCAAAUGUGAGACUUGCACCAACACGUUCCGGACUCAGAAUGCAGCGAAUCAGCACAUGUCGGCCGUUGGACAUUGGACACCUACAAUCCCCUCGAAUCAGCACAUGGAGAACCAGGCUCACUACAAGAACUACUGCAAAAGUUGUGGCUUGCGAUUCCAGAACGAGAACAACCUGCGGAUGCACCUCAACUCAAAGAUCCACCGCGGCACUAACAUUCCCUGCCCCUUCUGCAAGGUCAACUACACCUCCGCCAGCGGCCUCACCCACCACCUUGAGAGGGGUUCCUGCCCUCGUGCCCCGGGGCUUAACCGUGAAACCAUCCUCCGCGUGGUUCGCGAGCAUGACCCACACGGCGUCAUCACCAACAAGCAGAUUGAAUGGCACAAGGAAGACAUCGUCGAGUACUCGGCUACUAACAGCGCAUUCAAUGGCUCCUCCUGGGAGUGCUAUAUGUGCCACAACAAGUUCAAGACCGUGAACGCCCUGAACGCACAUCUCAAUUCGCCUGUGCACAAGCAGAAGGUGUAUCGUUGUCCGAAUUUGAAGGGCAAGUGUGAGAAGCAGUUUGUCACGUUGGCUGGAUUAUUCAACCACUUAGAGAGUGAGGCAUGCGCCUUCAUGAGGUUUGAAAAGGUGCAGCUGCAGGUGAGGGGUGUGCUUCAGGGACGGAACCUCAUUGCAUUCUCAUGA